AUGAUGGAGAGCACGAUCGUUAGAGGAAACCAGAGGGGGGGUGGUCAGCGUGGCCAUUCACGAGGAGGCAGGAGGAGAUCAAAAACCGUGGCCACAAAAAGGGAUCAUGCCACGCUCUCUCCACAAGCACUGAAUCUCCGACCCGCGCUCUUCCAGCAUGCUGAAAAUGUAUGGGGCCAUCCAACGAGCACAGCGGAGGCAUUCCAAUCGUUUGAAGCACUCCAUCUUGAACGGACCUACCUUCUGGGCUCUCUGCAACAGCAGAACCAAGAUGCCACGGCGUUGCUGAGAAAGAUAGCACCUCUUCAGGAGAGGCCACUUGAAGACGAGCUUCCCUGUGUCCAGAGAAAAACCAGAAAGCAGAUUGGGUGGUUGAAGUGCCGUCUAGACCAAACACAAAAACAAGAGCAGUCGAUUUUGGCCCGGCUGGGUCAAAUUUCAUAUGAGAUCCAGGCAAAAGAGAGAUGGGUCCAGAUUGAGCACGAGCGUCGGCAGCAGGAAUUCUACCAACAACAGCAGUUCUUCAACUACCAGCAAGGAGUUCGUCAUGGCAUGCAGCAGAUGCAGAGCAUACGACUCAACCCAGCGCAGCAGGAGUUCCAACCACAAGGCUACUUCCCACCGCUCAACCAGAUCCCGCAAAUGGGUUGGCAAGGUUGGUACCAGCAAGCGCAGGGUCCCGAUCAUGGAUGCGAGACUCUAGACGCCGCGACUGGACACUGCGCUGAGCUUGCAGCCGAGCGGGCCACCGAGUCUUCGGGAAGCGGAGAUGUUUCUCCAAGGUGUGCUCGAGGAAGCGUAGCGGUGGAGAGCCCGGAGAAGCCAGUCUUGGCUCUGCGAUCGGCAUCGAUACCGACAUUCAUCUCUCCUAUGUCGCAGCUGGUGCAUAAAAGACACAGUUUGUCGUCACUUCCUGUUCCUGGACCUUCGACGAAUAAAUGCCAGUUCACUGCUGAUGGGCUGGCUGCGGCCGAGACGUCGGACGGAAAGCUGGAUGGUGGUUAUCUGGGAUUUUAUGUCAAGCCAUGA